UUGUUGUUGUUGCAAAUGCAGAUAGUUCGCUUGGCUUGGCAGUUUUUUAAGACAUGCACCAAACAUUCCGUUUAUAUUAGUUUAUUCUUUGCACAAAAAUGGCAACAUCAAACAAAAAAUGCAAUUUUUGCGCCGACAAGAAGCAACCAACAACGGACGUAUCCGAAAUGACGCCCCUGUUCCAAAGCGUUCUGGCGAAGCACUUUUGGUUCCAGGAAUCCGAACUACUAACCUUCCAGAUGUGUUCCGCCUGUUCACUGAAAGUGAUGGACUUUCAUCUGUUUUACUCCAAUGUGGAGAAGCUUCAUGCGGAGAAAUGUCUGGAGGAAGUACCGGAAGAGAGCGAAGACGUGGUCGUCAAGGACGAGCCACUGGAAUCGGAACUCGAUGCUGAGCAAAACUUGUACGGUGAAGGCGGUGAACAACUGAUCGUCGGUGAUUUGGCGUUUGAGAUUGUUGAUGUUGGUACUAAGGCGGAACCAUUUGAGGAGGUGAACAUAAAACCGGAAGAGGUAAAGCAGGAGGAGGUCGAAGAACCUGAGAGUUUGCUGAUCAGCAACAACAAUGAUUCCAUGACCUUUGACUGUCUCAACUGCGACAAGGGAUUCGAGGACAAGAAAAUUAUGGAACUCCACAUGAAGAUCGUACAUGGCGAUGGAUCAAAUGCUCAAACCUGUCCAAAAUGCGCACAGCUGGAGGAAGUGUUGCGAGAUGUGUUGGAGAAAGGUCACGCUGAAGUUUCCAAAUCGUCUUGUCCGGUCCAGUGCGCAGUCUGUGACGGACGACUGCAGAACAUGGCAAGUCUACAGAGACACCUGGCUUGGCACUGGGGAGAGGCCUGUGGCAAGUGCAGAAAGAAACCAAAGAACUUCAAACCCAAACCAGGCAACAAUAACGAACCGGCAAAAGACACACCACAAGCCAAAGCCUUCAUGUGUCCCUAUUGCGAUAAGGACUACGGCCAUAUAAACUUCCUCAAGCAUCACUUGAAAACCUACCACGAAAAUACCCCGCCGGACGGUUGUCAAAGAUGCAAAGCGCUGGAACAAGCGCUGAAGGACGUUUCGGAGCAAGACCACUCGGAAGGGUCCGGCCGCGUACAGUGUGGCGUCUGUAACGACUGGUUGAUGAGCGUGGCCAGCUUGCAGCGGCACCUGGCUUGGCACCAGUCCGAACCUUGUGAAAACUGUCGGCGAGGUCGCCGGGUUGUUGAAGCUGCCCUGAAACAGCACGUUAACGCGCAGAAGGUGCAUAAAGUCAAGAGAAUAGUUACGGACGCGACUUCCCAGGCGGCGAAAAGGACCAAAUCCGACGAGGUCAGCAUCAAGCACAUUUGCGUGUACUGCGGGCUGUGCUUCGAUAUCUACGCGGAGCUUGUCAAGCACCAGGUGGAUGAGCAUCCGAGGCAAAGGCAUUGCAAGUACACUUCGAUUACGUCCAACUGAAGCUGAGCUAAGUAACGAUUAGCUGAGUGACCUGAUCACCGAAAACAUGAGGCCUUUGGGAAGCUUUUGUAAGAAACCUUAUUUUUCUAAAUGUAAAUAUUGAUUUUAUAAAAAUAAAAGUUCUUAAAACUGUUACGCGU